GUGACACGUUCACUAAAAAAAAAUCCUUUUGUAGUUGAUCAUUUAUCGGGAAAAAUUGAAAAACUCAACAUGAGGGAGGAGAAAGAAAUAAUAGUAACUUGGUCUCGGGGAUCUACCAUUAUACCCGCAAUGAUGGGACAUACAAUCGCCAUUCAUAAUGGAAAGGAGCAUUUCCCUAUUUACAUAACAGAUCAAAUGGUAGGUCACAAAUUGGGAGAAUUUUCCCCUACUCUUACUUUCGCAAGACAUACGAGAAAUGAUAAUAAAUCUCGUCGUUAA